AUGUCUAGACAGUGGUGUACAUACGAGGGUUGUUCUUGCGAACCAGAUUGCAGCGCAUGCCUACUUGCUAACGAAGAAUAUCGUAAAACACACACGCGUCAUCACGCAGAAAAAGAAAGAUCCAAGGCAACGAAAAGUCAUCACGCAGAAAAAGAAAUAUCCAAGGCAGCGCAUCCGUGGAAAAGUAGUCAAGAUCAUUGGGAACAACGAAGAGAGUAUUUUGAAAAACAACGUCUAAAACCUCAGACCGAGUAUGUCUACUGUUUCCAAAACAUGCAGCGACAAAACCGAAGAUGUUGUAACCAAUGUUACAAACUUACAGAAAACUGA